AUUCUUUAUAUUCCUUCUUUCUACCCUUUCUUUGUGACCUUAAGAGUGAGUGAAGCUUUAAGAAGAUAUACUCGAGGGGCUCAAUGAAAUCAUCACCAACCUUAAAGCUCUUGGGAAGACAUAUCCAACAAGUGAAUUGAUGAGAAAAGUUCUUAUAUGUCCACCAAAAAGUUGAGAAGCAAAGAAGAUGGCCAUUGAAGAAGCCAAGGAUCUCAACUUAAUAAAGCUUGAUGAGCUUAUUAGGUCUUUGAUGACUCAUAAGAUCAAUUUGAUUGGUGAUGAAGAAGUUAUUAAGAGAAAGAAGAAUCUAACCUUCAAAUCCAAUGAAACUGAUGAUAAGUCUAUCAAUGAAGAGGACAUCACCAAAUUGGUUUCAAAAAAAUGUGAGAAAGAUAUGAAGAAAUGCCUCAAAAGGGAAUUCUCUACAAGAAACAAGGAGUUCACUACUUUAGAGGAAGAAUAUGCAGUGAUGAUGAUGAUAGAAGAGAACCAAGUGAGAAGCAUAUCAAAUGCUGUAAGUGUAAUGAUAUAGGACACUAUAUAGAUGAAUGCCCCAAAUUGAAGAAAGGCAAGAAAAAGAAAGCAUUUGUUGCUACAUGAAGCCAUGAUGAAUACAGUUCAUUUGGGAAUGAAGGCUCCUUUGAAGAUUAUGUGUCCAAUCCUUGCUUUGUGGCUCAAGUUGAUAGCUUUUUUAAUGAAAAGGUAAACUCUAACUCUUCUAGUUCAUUUCAUGGUAGCUUUUAUGAUUAUUCUUAUGAAGAGUUUUGUAGAGUACUUGAUUGCUUCAUUAAUGAUAUCAAGAGACUAGGGAAUGAGAAUUUUACUCUUAUUAAAUCUAUCUCUUUACUUAAAAAUGAGCUUGAAUCUCUUUCGAAAUAAAAUGAGGUUUUAGUU